GGUGCUGAACUUAAUGUGGAGUUUUGUGUGCUGUGUCGAAUCUUCAUCACACAUAUUAGUAGGUGUUAAAAACAUUUCGUAAAUAAAAUAAUCGUUGGGAAGCUCAAAAUGGUCAACACGGAAAAUAAAUUAUUACUACAAAUGAUACAGAAGUUAGGACUUGCAGAACACGAGCAAAUUGCCCCGAAGUCGACUGAAUUACUUCGUCUGCUGCAGGUCAAAUCUGCUGGUGGUGUGGCUAACCUGGGGGAUUACGCCAAGGCUGUUAUCUGCAUUGAUUUAGCCUCAAGUCAUCUAGGAGUACCGUGCGAUAGCGAAAUGACACUAAAAUUGUCUGGGCUUAAGAAAAGUGCUUACGCUAACAAUAAGAGAACACUGGAAAAACUCCUUGAUAUAAAUCAACUGAUGGGUAUAAAUGAAAUUUGUAUUCAGUUGGGUUUGCAUCAGGUUCAAAAGGAAGCCACUUUUUUGCUAAAUAGUUACAAGAGUUUUGUGGAUGGCAGAAGUGCUGAGAUCGAUUUCACUCAUCCUCAAUACGCAACGAUGUCCGUGUUUCAGGCUUGUAAAAGAAUAAAGGUUAAGCCACCGAAAGCCAAGCUUGUUUCCCUGAGUCAUCUGAAGCCAGCUCAGUGGAGUCUGCUGGAAAAGAACUGGGAAAAUUUCUUGGUUAAUUCAAGCGGCUUGAAUAGUGCAACUUCCAAAUUGAAACAACCUAAAGCAUCCGAAACGUUAGAGCAGACAGAAAAUCUAGAGGAGAAACGAUGUCAUGGAUUGAAACAUAAUUCACCAGAAAAAGUGGAGCCGUACGGAAAUUGGAAGAAAAGAAUGCUGGAAAAAGCAUAUCGCGAGCUAAAGUCACUCCAGGGGCGAUAAGGCAUUGCUAAUCUACUUGCCAUACGAUGAUCACAUCAUAAUACUCUGUUUGUACAAUUUAUACCAGUUUUUAGAAUAGUCAUAUAUUUAUCAAAUAACUAAUAAUAUACAACACAAUUUAAGGGGAUGGAUUUUGUGAUAUUUUACCGAAAACAAUGUACUAAGAUAGAAUUUGUUUAGAUCGGGAUUUAAAGCUCAUUGUAUUCAUGCAUAA